AUGAGUAAUUUCGAAGGGAAUUCAAAAUAUUUUAGGGUCACAGCAUUGUUCGAAGCGGGCAAUGAAAGUAAUAGUGAAUCCAUUGAUACAGAAUCAGAUAUUGAUCCUGACAAUUAUGAAUAUUAUAAUAACCAUAAUAGAAGACUACAUAGAUUUAAAUAA